AUGGUCAUGCCAGAACAACCCCGGAGAUCGGCUUCACCCCAGGCUCCUAUCGAGAGCGCCAAACCCCACUUCCAUUCGAUCGGGUCCGUGAACCUCCGCCAUCGAGGCCCGACCCGUGCUGCAACCUUUGCAGAGGGCUCAUCAAGCAUCCAGAAUCAACGUCGCAAUUCAAGCUUUUCUGAUUCAGUAUCCGAAGCCCGAAAUUCGAUUCGCUCCUCAACUGAUGAGUUAUUGUUCCCACGUGUAGUUCAGAAGGGGUACAGUGAUUUGCCAAACGAGGAAUCGAAUUGGCAAUCUGCGCCUCUUGGUCUGGCCCUAUUGCCUGCUAUUGCCGGUGUCUUUUUUAAGAAUGGAAGUGCAGUCGUAACAGAUAUUACUCUGUUGAUUCUGGCAGCGAUCUUCCUCAAUUGGUCAGUGAGACUACCAUGGGAAUGGUAUCGCUCUGCACAGGCGGUGCGACAAGAAGACACAUAUUAUGAUCCUGUCAAUUCAUCGCUAGAACUCGAAACGGAUGACAAUGAAGCAACCUGUGAAGAGCGAAAGAAUGUGACAGACCGAGAGCCUCCAAGGGAGCAACGAGUCUCCAGUGCUGCCAAUGAGGCUAGUAGGGAGCUUCAGAUCCAUGAACUUGUUGCUCUUACAUCAUGCUUCAUCUUACCCAUGAUCGGGACAUGGCUCCUCCAUGCUAUCAGAUCCAAAUUGUCGCGGCCAUCGGAAGGAUUAGUAUCGAAUUACAACCUUACUAUAUUCCUACUGGCGUCAGAGAUUCGGCCGUUCGCUCACCUGCUGAGGAUGGUGCAGGCGCGCACACUCCAUCUUCAGCGCAUUGUCGCUGCAUCUGCCGACGACGAGGAAAAAGUAGACCCGAAAAAGAUCAAGGAUCUCACCAAGCGACUCGAGGAACUCGAAGCACACGUCGCUGAAGCAGCCGCGGCUCGACUUCCGUCCGAAUCAUCAAACCACCCACAAGACCUGGAGCAACUUCAAAAUCUCAUCUCGCAAGCAACCACAGAAGUCCGCAAAGGUUUCCAACCAGAGAUCGAUGCCUUGAAUCGCGCGGUUCGCCGCUACGAGAAACGCACAGCGCUCACUUCAUUCCAGACGGAGUCAAAACUCCAAGCGCUCGAAACCCAAAUGCACGACGCUAUUGCUCUAGCGGCAGCGGCGCAUCGCUCCAGCACGCGUCGGCCGUGGGGCACUCUAUCAGAAUUGUUCAAUAGCAUCUAUGCGAUUAUCCUCCUCCCAGUACAGAUCUUCAUGUCUCUGGCAAGUCUGCCGUUUCAGUUAUCGGCGCGGUGUUUACAAUACUGCAAAGAUAUACUGCUCUCAAAACCGCCACGAAGAUCGAGCAAGGGUAAGGUGCCGCGAGAUGUCAGAACCUCCUCUUCAAGUUCAAGGCAGUUCAGAAGGACUCCCCAAAAGGACUUGGGCGGUGGUCAAGCGCUCAAACCAAUUCGAGAGUAUCAAUGGCAAGAGGACGUGCUGUGA